AUGGGAGGCGCACUUUGUAUGCACCAGCCUCAUGCGAGCAACCACCGUGCUCAGCCCGUAGCUUCUCAGCCCUUUGCUCAAGAGUCAGAUGACACCUCCAAUGACGUCCCGCGGCUCGGCUCUUCCACGCCUCCGGAUGAGCCCGCUGUGCCAGGGCCACCGGCGUUGAAGAAUGUAGGGGCAGCGGCGCGGGCUCACAGCGUAGAGUUGCGCUCGGACGCCGCGACGUGCAAGAACUCUGCCAGUAGUUACCCGCGCUCUGCGCCGCAGGGUUUCGUGCGACCAUUGCUUUCCUCAUCCUCCUCGUCCAUAGCGAAUCCGCAGUCGACGCGAGCCCCGUCUCACGUGACGUCGAUCGGGAUGGGGGAAGCCACAACAACAGCGAUGCCGCAUUCCGUGCCCUCGAUGCCGGAGAUGGAGAGGUCUGUGAAUAGCUCGUGUAGCGCCUUCUCCCUCUACUCCGCCGAUAGCUCGACGCACGAGUUGCCGCUCCCGCCACCACCGCUUCUCGAGCGCGCGACGCCUCUGCAAGCUGUAGCAACCACAGCGGCAGCGUCAGCAGCGCGCGUGAAAGCAUCCAACAAUGCCGCACUAUACCCCAGCGCUAUUCCGAGCGCGUCUCUCAUGAUGACAAGCCUUUUGCUGGACGCCGCCACCCCGCCCACGACGCUGCCGGACACAUCGAUGUCCGCGAGGAGCUACUUCGUGCCACAGAACGUCCGCAAACACAGCGGCUGCACUGCGAGCAAAAGCCAUGGCAAGACGCCAGAAAGCGAUCCUGCGCAAGCGGCUGCAGGAUCCUUCGCGGCAUCGUCUUCCAUGACGGCUGCCGCAGCCGCGGCGCACAUCGUGUCCAGUGCCUUGCUUGACGUCAGCUUCGACUCACGUGUUUUUGCCGUCAACGAUGCAGCCACCUCCACGGAAAUACAGCGCUUGGGCGUUCGACUUCAGGAGUUGCAACGUGGGCACCAUGAGCUGGGCGUGGCUCGAGGGGUCGCAGCUCUACUAUCAAGAAACAGUGGCGGCAAUAGCGCCUCAUCUACGCAGAAUCUUUUUUUGGAUGCCUCAAAGGGCAUCAAUGAAGCCCUGCCAGGUGCGUCCACGGCGUCCCUCGAGUCGUCACGGAAGUCAGUCGAGUCUUCGGUGUCCGAGCAGGAACUGACACGUAAGCAGCUGCACGACGAAACAGUGAAGUUUGUGAACCUUAUCCAGGAAAUCCACGAGGAGCGUGCAGCUGGGCAGGCAGGCUACACGUGGUUUCGCUGGGGAGCCGUGCCGCCUAAUACGAGCAGCAGCAGCGGCAGCAGCGGGCCCGGUGAGGUACGGGCGGGAAGUGGCGAUAGGACUGGUGCAUCGCCGCCACCGGUCUUGGAAAAGGCACCGCUGUCUGGAAACUGGUGUGCCGAUGUGCCGGUCGGCAGCGCUACCAACUACUUGCGCCACCGCACUUUGUUGCGCCGGCGUGAUCGCGCUUCCACGCGUGUCCAUUGGCUGCCGUUCGAGAUGCGCGAAUCGGACUUUCGAGCAGGCACGUCCAUCACACCAGUGUACUUCUGCGGCUACCAGGCCACAGCUGUGCCCGCCGACGGUGCUGCCGCCACACACGGUCGUGAGCACUAUCCCACCACGGACGUGGACGUCCUCACGCCACACUCACAACACUUUCUCGAGGUGGGAGCAUCGUCUGCAGUCACCUUAUCGGUUACCGACACUCCGCCACUGCCGUCCAUCACCCCCUUAGCCCGACGCACCUCCACGCUGGGCGCGGAUGUCGACAAGGACAGCACACAUUGUUUCAGCGACUCCAAAGGACCCCUCAGCUCCAGCAGCGGCACCAUCCCGUCCACCUCCUCGCAUUCCCUCUCGAGCGACAGCAUAUCUUUCUGCCCCAUGCACGUUGCGCAUCGUCCCACCAGUAUUCUCGUCCCCGCGAAGGGGAAGCAAGGCGCGAGCACCAUCUGCUCCUCGGUGCCGCGGCGACCUCUGUUGGAGCCGACGCAAGUAGACGUGCCGGCGACCGUCACGACAGGGUUGGUCCCUGCAAAGGCGGCUUCGGCGCACUUACCGCUCUUUGACCCGUGGCGUCCAACUGGUGACGGAUCUGCUUGUGAACCGGGUCGGCGGCCGAUUAUCAACGCCGGGGUGCCGCACCGCAAGCAGCUGGCCAAGAGAGCGCUGGAGGACAACCAGCUGUUCUUUGAAGUGUUCUCGCAGCGGAAGAGUUUCUCCUAA